AUGCUGCGGGCGAUGGACGAAUGGAACAGUGAAAGACGCGGCUGUGAAGACGAAUUGCAAUUGGCAAGUCACACGAAAAGCAUGGUACCACGUCGGGGGUUGGAAAACCAAAAUAUCCCUCAGGUGCUGCUGUUUUCACAUGGGGAGAGUAAACGUACCCUAAACAUGACCUUGAGCGGUUUAAUUCCCCCAGUACCCUUACGCUUAAAGGCAUUGCCCGCCCCACGCCUUUGGAACCCUUUGAAUCUAUUAAUCUCUUCAGAUAGCAAACCUCCCAACAUCAGGAUUUGA